GUGUCCUGGGCCCCCGAGGACCCGUGAGAACCCGACGGUGGACGAGAGGGAACGCGGAAAACGCGUCCGCUUGCCGUUGCGGGAGGUGUGUCUCGAUCAGUUCCACCGCGGUCGCACGGCGGCCAGAUUUCAACCAGAGACAUUCUCUCUCCUCGACACCGCAUCCUUCCGCGUGAAUCUCCCAUCCUCUUGGUAUAACACACACACACGCACGCACGCGCACACACACACACACACACACACACACACACACACACACACACACACACACACACACACACACACAGAGCCGCGGCAAGAGAUCGCCUGUACAUUCCACAGGAGGCGGGUGGUCGCCGCGUUGGAGAUGUGAAAGAUUUCGGUGCGGACUCCGCGAACGAACCGCAGAAUGGCUUUCCUGUGCCCUGUUCGCAUACGACGUGGAAAGAAGAAGAAACCCGGAAUACACAACUUUAAUUUGGAGAAAGACUGUGGAACAGGUGGCAGUGGGCUCGGUCUGGGUACCAGAGUACCAUUACCUCCAGGUCGGAUAACUGGAAGCGCUAGUAUUGAAACUCUUGUAAGAGUUGGUAUUGAAAAGGAGAAUGGACUCUCUCCGGACAGUAAAAUGGUUAUUGUGCAUGACUUUACUCCCUGCGUGGAUGAUGAACUUCAAGUCAAAAGAGGCCAGGUAGUAAAUGUGCUUUACAGAGAAAACGAUUGGGUAUACGUAAUAGCAGCGGACACGCGUAUGGAAGGUUUCGUGCCACACUCGUAUUGCGCACCGUACACAUCGCAGCUAGCAGAAUUGACGCUGGCCAAUUUGAACAACGUGAAAAAGAAGUUGCCUCGGUCCAAUGAGAAUGACUGUGAUCUUCUUAGUGCAGGCCGCUUGCAGGAGACGCAACAGACCGAUACCGGAUCGGCCUCGGAUUGUGAGAGCUACGCACGAAAUAACAUUACUACCGCGGAUGUCAACGUUAAUCGGUCCAACAUCACGCAGUCUCAGAAUUCUAUACAGACUAUAUCGUCCCAGCCGGACGUACACCCCUUUUUCAAGGAUCCAUCAGCCGGAAGAUACAUUGUUCUUUACACCUUCGUGGCACGAGACGAAAAUGAUGUUAGUGUCGAAAGAGGCGAGUUCGUAACCGUGUUGAAUCGCGAUGAUCCGGAUUGGUUUUGGGUGCUCCGACAUUGCGAUGGCAAUGAGGGUUUUGUACCGUCAGGUUUCGUUUAUCCUGGUCAUGUUCUUCAUUCUUAUGCGACAGCCACUACGACGGCCACCACUAUCUCUACAAAUACAGCAUCCACAGACACUCAUAGUUCAGGUAAAGGUACGGGAGGCGAGUCGUUACAACAAAAGGGAGUGCGAGAUUUCCGGGACGAAACGACUGGUACGGAGUUAGUGGUGCUUUACGAUUACAAGGCACAAGCGCCAGACGAUCUAUCGGUAAAACGAGCCGAUUGGAUAUACGCGGAUCUGGGAAAUCAAACAGUGGAUGGUUGGCUCUGGGCUUACGCGCCCAAGACUCGCAAGUAUGGUUUCAUUCCUAAAGCGUAUGCGCGGCCUCCUGCCAUGACUAGCUUAUAAUUCGAAUUAUUAGGGAAGGAAAAAACUCGCUUGAUUUUUUUAAGUAAUUUCGCAAUACUGCCUUUUAUCGUUUUGUAUCGUCCUUUUAUAUAUUGUAUUUGUCGUGCAAAGUAUGUGCAAAGAACGAGAUAAUUAAUGUUUUAUUUAAAUAUGUACAUCAGAUUAUUAGUCCGGAUGAUGCAAUGGAAAAAUGAAUUAUUAGGCUAAAAGAUGAAUGAUAUUUUUAAGAAAUAAACGAGAUUAUUGCGUGAUACAAGAUGCAAUUUUUUCAGAUUUUCUAUUCGUUUUUCCUGUAUGAUUCCAAUUUAUAUUGGAUGGGCUUACAUUUUUUAAAUAGUUAUUUCAGAAGCAAA